AUGUUAGCCUACACGAGUCAUGCCAAGAUAAAAGCUAUGACAUUGCAUCGACUUUGGGUUCCUGCUGAAGAAACAGAUAGUGCUGUGGAGGAUCAAAUUGCAAAGGAAGCGACAAUUGCAGAGCCAAUCAAAAUGUUUCAUUUAAGUGGUCACUGCUAUGACCACAGCCAAUCAGCUACCUCUCACAUGCAUGUUUCUGAAGCACCUGAAGUUUCUUCUGCUCCCAGAGUUCAGUUAGAGGAGCCUCUCUUUCAUGAGGAUGACUUCUUGGAAAUGAACGAUCUCAUUGAUCCUGAACCAGCAUUGCCAGAAAUAGAAAUCCUGUGGAGAACUUGGAGUUUGAAGAUGGAUUUAAGUGCAUUUGACUUGUCCCAUGAUGCAGAGAUGUUUCUUCGCGACAUGGGGCAUGUUGACCAGGAAACUGCUUCACAUCCUUAUGUGAAUACUUUGGAGAGUAAUGUUGUCAAUCAGCAUUAUCAAUCUCUACCCCUUGGGGACAAUGCGGAUCAAAGUUGUGAACUCCGGAUGCGUCAUGAAAGGCAUAUCAUGAGUCCAACAGAACAUGCUAAUGUUUCUUUCUCUUCGUCAACCUCAGAAAAUGCAAAUCGGGCUCUUGAGCGGGUGUCUAGCUUUAGUAGGGUGAGAGAUAAUGUGAAGCAGGCAAGCAUCGAUGCUGCCCUGUUGCUUCAGGCAAUGAAAAUGUGA